UGUCACCUGCCCCGACGGCUUGUUGAUCCCAGAGCGCCGCCUCGGAGGGAGGUCGGAGCGCAGACCCAGGACGCGGCUCCGGCCCCGGCCCCGGCCCCGGCCCAGCAUGAGCAAGUUGGGCAAGUUCUUUAAACGGGGGGCCUCUUCCCGGAGCCGCGCGGCGCCCAGCCCGCAGGAGGCCCUGGCGCGGCUCCGGGAGACGGAGGAGAUGCUGGGCAAGAAGCAGGAGUACCUGGAGAACCGCAUCCACCGCGAGCUCAGCCUGGCGCGCCGGCACGGCACGCACAACAAGCCAGCUGCGUUGCAGGCGCUAAAGAGAAAGAAGCGGUUGGAGAAGCAGCUCUCACAGAUCGACGGCACCCUGUCCACCGUCGAGUUCCAGCGGGAGGCCCUGGAGAACGCGCACACCAACACCGAGGUGCUGAGGAGCAUGGGCCUGGCGGCCAGGGCCAUGAGAGCCGCCCAUGAGGACAUGGAUUUGAACAAAAUAGAUGAUUUGAUGCAAGAAAUCACAGAGCAGCAGGAUGUCGCCCAAGAAAUCUCUGAGGCAUUUUCUCAGCGCGCUGGAUUCGGCCAGGACUUCGAUGAGGAUGAGCUGCUGGCAGAACUGGAAGAACUGGAGCAGGAAGAAUUAAAUAAGAAGAUGACAAAUAUCCGACUUCCGAGCGUGCCUUCCUCCUCCCUCCCAGCACAGCCAGUCAGGACGCCUGGCCCCGCGGGCACGGCCCCCAGGCCCCGAGCAGCACCUUCCCGGCGGGCAGGAGGAGAGGACGAGGACAUCAAGCACCUGGCAGCGUGGGCCUCUUAAACGGAAUGGCGUUGUUUUGACACGUAAAUCAAUGAGCUGUACAUAAGACAUAAAAAAUAUUUUUGCCAAGUUCAGAA